AUGCCGGUAUAUAACCUCGUCAGCCUCCUCCAUCUCUCUUCCCCAGGUCCGAACGCAGCAGCUUCCUCUUCCCCUUUCUUCCCUCCAUCGGCUCGUUGUUCCGCCUUUUGUCUUCUAUCACCUCAUUCCAAUUCCAAUAUGCUAUUCCCCAUUUCAAUUUUCUUUUCCUUGCUCUGUUUCCUUGCUCUUGUGGACGCCGCUGUUAUUUCAACACGGAAUCAAGAAGUGCCAACCAGCGGUGUUUUAGGGGAUGCAAAGCAUGGGCAAUGCAAGGAGCUCCUUCAACGAAGGGAAUGGAGGACGUUGGCCGAUACUGAGAAGAAGAGUUACAUCGAUGCCGUCAAGUGCCUGAUGGAGCGCCCGGCUCAGAAACCCGUUUUCCCCGAGGCUCAAUCUCGCUUUGACGAAUUCCAAGCCUACCACAUGUAUAUUGCAGAGAAGGUCCACACAGUGGGCCAAUUCCUUCCUUGGCACCGUCACUACCUACGAAGGUACGAACUGGCUUUGCAAUCUGAGUGUGGGUACAAGGGCGCAGCGCCUUACUGGGAUUGGGCACAAGAUUCGGAUGACGGGGCAGGUCUUCACACCUCACCUAUUUGGGACCCUAAGACAGGCUUCGGAGGCGACGGUGUACCAGGCACCUACUCCUUGCCCGCGGAUGCAAACUUCACCGCCAACCGCAUCUUCCCGAAUUCCUUUGUUGGGUGCGUCAAAGAUGGACCGUUCGCCAACCACAUCCUCCGCCUCGGGCCUGGCCAGUUACGUACAACCCAUUGUCUCGUCCGUGGUCUCAACGAGACCGACAAGCUGUACCUAAACUCCAAGGCUGUUGCGCGCACCCAAAGCCAACCCACUUUCGAACAAUUCCGUAUCGAAUUGGAGGGCGAGCCGAUCACGACUGACCACAGGCAACACGAUGGUGGGCACGACAUGAUUGGCGGCGAUAUGAGCAACUUUUACUCUAGUCCCGGAGAACCUCUUUUCUACCUGCACCACGCCAACCUGGACCGCAUCUGGUGGCAGUGGCAGCAAAUGCUCCCUUCGCGGCUGUACGAGAUCUCUGGACGCUCGACGACGACGCCUCCUUUCAAGAACGUCACACUCGACUUCAUCCUCCAAAUGGACAACCUCGCACCUUCUAUUCCCAUCCGCGACGUCAUGGACAUCCACAGUGCGCCGAAUUGCUAUACCUACGUUUGA